UAACCCGUCUCCGAGCUUCGAGGGGUCGGGCUUCGGUGCGGCGCGGCUAGGGGCUUCAGGUAAAACGACGGCUUUCCAAACCCGGAUCCAGGGGAAACCAAGAGGACGCGUUAGAACAGGCGGGACACACUGAAUCCACUGUCUCUGCGGGCUUCGCACGCUGCGACAGGGUGGGCGCCGUGUCCUGGGACCAACCGUGACCCCUGUGAUACUGGGAGCUCAGGGGGUUGUUUCUUUUUCAGGGUGUAUCAGGUGACUGGUGAGUCCGUAAAACAUGGCCAAAUUUGCCCUGAAUCAGUGCCUACCCGACUUGGGCAAUCCUCCCCUGUGCCCUUGCUCCGCCGGGAAUGUACGCAGCCCGACCUCCCCCUACUCAGUAGAGACACCUUAUGGCUUCCACCUGGACCUGGACUUUCUCAAAUACGUAGAGGAACUGGAGCGUGGUUCUGUCUCGAGCCGAGUCUCGGGCACCCAGCUCGCGCGACAUCCGCGCGCAUCCCGGAUGGGCCUCCCGGGCGCGCGCAGCCCAGGUAUAUGGACAUCCAGCGAGUCCCUGGUCAGUGACGACGGCGGAGCUUCCGGAGCACUCUCCCCCGGAGUGACCCCAGGACUCAUGCCGCCGCUGUCGCCGCGCGCAUUCUUGCACAAUCCGCGAGUGGAGCACACGCUCCUGGAGACCAGCCGACGACUAGAGCAGGCACAGGCGCGCGGGGGCGCACACAGCCCGCGUGGGUCCGGCCGAAGCAGCCCCGCCCUUGCCUCUCCGGGUCGCGGGCAAUUGCAGCUGGUACGCGAGCAGAUGGCGGUGGCUCUGAAACGUCUGCGGGUACUCGAGGACCAGGCGCGCGCGCUGCCGGAGCUGCAAGAGCAAGUGCGCGCGCUGCGCGCCGAGAAGGCGCGACUACUGGCAGGGCGAGCGCCAGCGGAGCGGGACCGGGAGGUCGAGGCGCCCCCGGACAAGCUUGCACAGCUGCGGAGGCUAACAGAGCGUCUGGCCGGUUCUGAGCGCGGCGUCCGUUCUAGGGCCAGCCCCCAGGGUGACUGUCUUGAAGCGUUGGCCGCGAGGCGUUGUGAGGGCCAGCCCCUGGUCCUCGACCGAGCAUCCCGGACCCCCGCUGGGAACCUCCAGACCCAGGAGGUAGGCACCCACACGGUACCUGAGACUCGAGAAGUGCAUGUCCAGGUAGUGAUAGAGACACGGGAGGCUGGCGUGGAGGCGGUCCCCAAGACCGUUGAGGAGGACUCGUGGGUGACAGAAGAGCAGCUGGGGCUGCCCGAGGCCUCGGACCGCGAGCUGGAGCUACUACACGCCAGCCUGGAGCAUCAGCGCGCGGUGACCGAACUCCUGCGGGGCAGGCUGCGGGAGCUGGAGGAGACUGCUGAGACAAGGGCGGCGGUCGCGCACGAGGCCGCCACCCAGACCGUGUGGGGUUGUGUUGAGAAGACCACGCAGACCGAACCUCCAGCGGAGGCUUCCCAGAAUUUACAGAACCCGUCCAUAUUCACAGGUGGAGACCAGGCCGUGGCGGCCGCAGGCAUAAAACUUAAAUCCAUUAUGAAGAAGCGAGAUGGUACACCUUGUGCGCAACCCAAGAGCCUGCAGUUCGUUGGGGUUCUCAACGGAGAGUAUGAGAGCUCCUCCAGUGAAGAUGCCAGCGACAGCGAACAUGAGGACACCCUCAAAACCCCCAGGAAUAGCCCUUCUGGCGGAGGAUCCGAUUCUGGAACACCUGAACCUCCCAACGACAGGGACCCUGGGGUCGGGGAUCCUGAGCGAGAGGCAGAGCUGCAGUCCGAGACAGAGGGGAGGUGCGAACUGAGCCCGCGUUUGAGGGAGGCGUGCUUUGCGCUGCUUCAGCAGCUGAAGCGGCCUCGCGGAGUUGCCAGAGACGGCAGUGCAGCACGCAUUGUGGCCCAGGAGUGGUUUCGAGUGUCCAGUCACCGGCGCUCACAAGCUGAGCAAGUGGCUGGGGUACUGAGAGGGGUGAGGAGCCUGGGAUGUGAGCUGCUGACACACGUGGUGAACCUGGCUGACAGCAAUGGGAACACAGCCCUGCAUUAUAGCGUAUCACAUGAGAACCUAGCCAUCUCCAGCCUGCUACUAGAUACGGGGGUCUGUGAAGUCAACAUCCAGAAUAGAGCUGGCUACUCAGCACUCAUGUUGGCUGCACUCACAUCUGUGGGACAGGAGGACAUGGCUGUGAUCCAGAAACUCUUUACCAUGGGUGAUGUCAACGCUAAGGCUAGCCAGACAGGACAGACUGCCCUCAUGCUAGCCAUCAGCCAUGGCUGCCAGGACACAGUGGCUGCCCUGUUGGAGUGUGGGGCUGAUGUGAAUGCACAAGAUGCUGAUGGGGCCACAGCACUUAUGUGUGCCAGUGAGUAUGGACGUCUGGAUACUGUUCAGUUGCUGCUUUCCCAGCCAGGAUGUGACCCUGCCAUGCUGGACAAUGAGGGCACCAGUGCCCUGGCCAUUGCCCUGGAGGCAGAGCAGGAUGAGGUGGCUACUCUGCUGCACACCCAUCUAAUCUUGAGCCAACUGGGCUCUGAGAGCCAAUCAUCCUCAGAAUCUCCCACAGCCAUGCCUAGUAGAGGAUGCAGUGACAAUGAUGGGAAUUCCCAGCCCCAGUGAGCUGCCACCAGACCUGAAUUAUUUGAGAUCCUCCUCCAUCUCAACCUCCGGAUGCCAGCAGAGUCAGAUGUCAACGAGGGACUCACCUAAGGCAGGACUUGAAAAAUGAUAUCCACAAUGCAAAAACAUCUUUUCUAAUAAAUAAUGUUUCUACCA